UGCGGAGGGAGCAGAGGGGACUUCGGCCAAGGACAGAAGCCAGCCCUGCGGGGAGAGAGGCGCUGCUGCUCCAGCGGCCGCUGCCACCGCCGCCGCCACCGAGCCGGCAGCCAGAGCGGGGCUGGCAGGCCGGGCGCCGAGACGAGGGGAGCGAGGGGCGCGCUCAUGGAGCACACGCACGCCCACCUCGUAGCCAACAGCUCCCUGUCCUGGUCCCCCGGCUCGGCCUGCGGCUUGGGCUUCGUGCCCGUGGUCUACUACAGUCUCUUGCUGUGCCUCGGUUUACCAGCCAAUAUCCUGACAGUGAUCAUCCUCUCCCAGCUGGUGGCUAGAAGGCAGAAGUCCUCCUACAACUAUCUCUUGGCACUUGCUGCUGCUGACAUCUUGGUUCUCUUUUUCAUUGUGUUCGUGGACUUCCUGUUGGAAGAUUUCAUCUUGAAUAUGCAGAUGCCUCAGGUACCCAACAAGAUUAUAGAAGUGCUGGAAUUCUCUUCCAUCCACACCUCCAUUUGGAUUACUGUUCCGUUAACCAUCGACCGGUAUAUCGCCGUCUGCCACCCGCUCAAGUACCACACAGUCUCCUACCCAGCCCGCACCCGGAAAGUCAUUGUCAGUGUGUACAUCACCUGCUUCCUGACCAGCAUCCCCUACUACUGGUGGCCCAAUAUCUGGACUGAAGACUACAUCAGCACCUCCAUGCAUCACGUCCUUAUCUGGAUUCAUUGCUUCACUGUGUACUUGGUGCCCUGCUCCAUCUUCUUCAUCCUGAACUCAAUCAUCGUGUACAAGCUCAGGAGGAAGAGCAAUUUCCGUCUCCGUGGCUACUCCACAGGGAAAACCACUGCCAUCUUGUUCACCAUUACCUCCAUCUUUGCCACACUGUGGGCCCCCCGCAUCAUCGUGAUUCUCUACCACCUCUAUGGGGCGCCCAUCCAGAACCGCUGGCUGGUGCACAUCAUGUCCGAUGUUGCCAACAUGCUGGCCCUUCUGAACACAGCCAUCAACUUCUUCCUCUACUGCUUCAUCAGCAAGCGAUUCCGCACCAUGGCGGCUGCCACGCUCAAGGCCUUCUUCAAGUGCCAGAAGCAACCUGUUCAGUUCUAUACCAACCAUAACUUUUCCAUAACAAGUAGCCCCUGGAUCUCGCCGGCCAACUCACACUGUAUCAAGAUGCUGGUAUACCAGUAUGACAAAAAUGGAAAACCUAUAAAAGUAUCCCCAUGACCCCAUAGGCUUGGCACCUAGUGCCUCUGUCUAAUCCAUUUCCAGACAGGAGGUGGCCCAUCCUAUGGCUGAACAGCUCUCCUUAAG